ACAUAUUGGACAUUCUGUUACCCCUCUCUCCGUGGCUCUCAAUUCAAUAUCUGUCCAUUGCUCUCUUGUUAACGUGUUCAACUGAGUGUUCUCAAAAUGCCGGAAAAUAUUUCUGGAUUUAAAAGAAAGUUAAGGUGUAAAGUUAUGGAAACCAAUGUUUCUGUGAUGCAAGGGGAAGAAAGUUUUAUUUCUCCAUAUAAUUCACCAGAAAAACCUGACAUUUCUCGCUCCCUAGAUGGAGCAGGAGAGCCCAUCUUAUCCCCAGGCUAUAGUAAUGUUAUAGAAGAUAUCUAUGAGCAUGGGGAGGGUGCGAGUACAAACGGAAUCGACAAUCAUAACGAUCAUUUUGCUGCUGGAGAUCAAAUUGACAUCGAAAAUAUUACAAUUCAUAAACCUUUAAACAACCAUGAGGUUCCUGAUCAUUCUGCCGGAGAUACAUCUAUCGCAGUGUUGCCAGAUGAAAAAGUUCAACCAUCACUUACCACUGCCACUGAAGUAAUCGACAAUCAUACUGUUAACACUGCCACUCUAGAUACAGAAGUUCCUGAUCAUUCUGCCGGAGAUAAUUCUCCUGCAGUGUUGCCAGAUGAAAAAGUUCAAUCAUCACUUAAUACUGCUGCUGAAGUAAUCGACAAUCAUACUGUUAACACUGCCAAUGGAAACUUGCCAAAUAAUUCUACCGAGAAUACCUUUAUUGUUAUGUCAUCGUCGGAAAACAAAGAAAAUGUUGAGAACAGCGAACAGAGUAUUGAGGAUAUGAUUGCAUCUUCGCCGAGAGAAAUGUUUGAAGACAUGUCUAGCUCGGAGAUGAUGAGCGUUUCACAGAAGAUGGAAGUCGAGUUCAAGGAGAUGUUGCUCCAGGAGAAGAUGUUGAAGAAACGAUCCUCAGAUGCGGGGGUUGAAGGGAAAGGAGCCACCAAGCAAGGUUGUAACAUCCAAGUGACAACGACAACUAACGAAACGCGUAAAAAAGCGAAGGAUCCGAAAGUACAAGGGAAAUCCCCCACACGAAAACCAAUAAAGAAAACUGAAAUCAAGUUCACUGGAGCGGAACGAACAAAAUCAACCCCAACAACAAUACGAACUGUGACAUCACCCACUCGUCAACCCCCGAUAAGAAAACCACUCUCUGCUACCCCCGUUGGUCGACCCAAGCGUAUUGACCCUUCGCGAACUUUGACCCCCACCACCAUCCGUGUGACCCCUUCGUCGACCCCUACACGUCGACCACUUGGGACGAAUAAAAUUACAGACGAAAAACAGAAAACCCCCACACCUACAAGGGGACGACCAAGUUCUGAAGGAAGAAUUAAAUCGGCAACUUCUACUCCAAGAAGAGAAAGACCUCCAAGUGUUGGGUCAACUGGUAGCGGAAGAAUGACGACACGGAACAUUCAAAGUAAAGUUGGUUCAUUGAACAAUAUCACACACACCCCUGGUGGGGGGAAGGUUAAAAUAGAGAGCAAGAAAACAAGUUACAACAACGUGUCUUCGAAAUGUGGUUCGCGAGCAAACUUAAACCACACCCCUGGAGGUGGCAAGGUUAAAAUUGAACAUAGGAAAGUGAAUGUGUCGAAUGUAACUUCUAAAUGUGGAUCGUUCAAUAACAUUACACACACACCUGGAGGGGGAAAGGUUAAAAUUGAAAGCAAGAAACUUGACUUUGGUAAAGUGUCGUCCAAAUGUGGAUCCAAGGAUAAUAUUCAUCAUACACCGAGUGGAGGGAAGGUAAAAGUGGAACAUCAUAAAUUAAACUUUGCGCACGUUCAAUCUAAAUGUGGAUCCAAGGAUAAUCUUACUCACACCCCCGGUGGUGGAAAGGUUAAAAUUGAAGCGAAGAAAAUGGAUUUAAGUCACGUUCAGUCCAAAUGUGGGUCAACCGACAAUAUUAAGCAUGAACCACAAGGAGGAAAGGUUAAAAUUUUCAAACAGCGAAAGUUAAAUUUUUCCAACGUCCAUUCUCGGAUAAGUAGUUUGUCAAACAUGAGCCACAGCCCUGGUGGGGGGAAGGUUAAAAUAUUCUCUAAGAAGCUCGACGUGGCACAAGUGUCAUCCAAGGUUGGAAGUAAGGACAACCUCAAGCACACCCCCGGUGGUGGGAAUACAAAGAUAAUUCAUGAAAAGGUUGACGUCUCGGAUGUUCAACCAAAAGUUGGCAGUAGAGAGUUCAUUGACCACCAGCCAUUAGGAGGCGAUGUAAAGAUUAGAAGCAAGAAUCUUGACCUAAGUAAUGUUGGGUCUAAAUGUGGAUCUUUGGAUAAUGCAAAACAUAAACCAGGUGGUGGCAAUGUUCAAAUAUUUGAUGAAAAACUUGACUUUAAAGAAACAGCCAAACCAAAGGUUCCUUUCUCGGAGAAUGCAAACCACACACCAGGUGGAGGAAACAUAGAAAUUUUAAACGAACCGCUUAAAUUUCGUGACAAAGCUUCGUCAAGAACUGACAGUGGAGUUAACAUGUCAGCUACAUCAUCUGAAUCCUGACUUGAAUGCAAGACAACUCUAUGAUGCAACAAUCGCACUUUGGUGACGUAACAAUGAACUCUGUUGAUCCACAAUACUACGUAGCAACGUCAAUGUUGUAAAUAUGUUUUUUACUUUCCUAGAUAUUUGUAUUUUACCAGCCAACAUGGUAUGUAGCGUUUUAUAUUUUUAAGCACAUAUCUUACCAUUUAUUUUACCAAAAAAAUCAAAAUCAAAUGUACAGGGUAUUGGUACACAACUUUUGUGGUGCGUUAGUAACAGUACAAUAUUUUAACUGUAUACAUGAUUAGAUUUCGACUGCUUUUUAAUGUACAACCAAAUUCUACCACUUUUCGGUAAUUUAGCAAUUUUCUUACGUAACUUAACAUACAACAAUGUUAAAUCAAAACCUAAGAAAAUGAAUUGAGUAUUGCAACCUACUUUAGUAUUCAAAUCAAAUAAAAUUCUAAACAAAUAUAAAUCUAAAAUUUGAAGAACAAUAUUUUUUGUCUAACUUGAACCUACAGUAGUCAAAAAUUCUGUAAAUAGUUUUAAAACCAAUCAACUUUGUACAUAUGUAAUGGACACUACCGUUCAGGUACUUUUAUUUUACCUGUGGCUGCUUUUAUUUUAACAACUGUUUUAUAACAGCUGUAAAGAAUUUCAUUUUUGGGUCCUUGUUUUUUACCUUUAUUGUCAAAAAUGUUUUUCUAAAGAGUUAAAGUUACUUUGUCCCAAAUAUCAACAUGUUUUGCACCAAUGUUUGAGAUUAGUAUAGCUGCUUAUGAUGUCAUAAUGUCCAGUCUUCCUGAACAAUGUAACAUAGCAGCAGGUUUGGGUGUUAAUUUGCGAAUAUAAACUGCUCAUUUUUACUGACAAUAAACUGUGAAUGUAUUCGUGUAAAAA